AGGAGGUAGCUGGAUUUGGAAAUCCCUUUGCGAGCUUCGAUCAUUGGCUCGUCCCUUUGUCUUCUGCAAAAUAGGCUCAGGAUUUACUGGUAGCUUUUGGUUCGACAAUUGGAUAUCUCUAGGUCCAUUAAUCGAGCUGGUGGGUGUGAAUGCUCCAAGAACCACGGGCUUAGCUGAGAAUGCGACAGUUCAUGAUGCUCUUUUGGGUAAUCGAUGGUGGCUGACCUCGUCGAGAUCAAGAAACCCAACUAUCGUGUUCUUUAAAGACUCAUUACCGGACCCGACAGAUAUGUCUCUUUCUGAGGUGGACGAUCGGUAUCUUUGGCAGAUUGGUGGGAACGCUCCCAAAGAUAGUUUCUCCUCUUCAGACAUGUGGAAUCACUUGUUUAAUCAUUCUCCGGCAGUACCUUGGUAUAGAUCAGUGUGGUUUACAGGUAUGAUUCCGAAGCAUGCUUUUCUCUCGUGGCUUGUAGCACUGGAUAGACUGUCAACUAGAGACAUAAUGAGGCGUUGGGGGAUUACUGUCUCUCCUAUGUGCCUCCUCUGUGGCAGUAGUGAUGAGUGCAGACAACACCUAUUCUUCGAUUGUUCUUACAGUCAGGAGGUUUGGGAAUUUUUCUACUCUAGACUCCAUCUUUCUCCUCCUCAUUUGUUCGAAGAUGGACUCAGGUGGAUCAGUAGCCCCACUCAGGAUAAUAAUAUCAACCUCAUACUUCAUCUCUCAUUUCAAGCUUCUGUCUACUUGCUAUGGAAGGAGAGGAACUCAAGGAUUCACUCCCAGGUCUCUCGACCUCCUGCUGUUCUUAUUGCUGAGAUUCAGCGUUUGAUUUGCGCAAAAUUGGACUCAUUAUCGAGGGCUCAGCGACAUCGACCAUCGACUGUCUCCUUCCUUUCUACCUGGUUCUCGUUCUUUUAG